AAACUAGCCAAGAAGCGCAAAGACGCCAUCGGGAACACUCGGCAGGAGAUGACCCACAUGGUGAACGCCAUGGACCGCAGUUACGCUGAUCAGAGCACGCUCCAUGCUGAGGAUCCCAUGGCCGUCACCUUUAUGGACUCCCACAACUUCAGCAACAGAUGUAGGUAUAAUGGUCCUUAGACAGAUCCCUGGGGAACACCUCCCUCCACAGACACAUGAUACAUGUGAGAAAGCCUCCUGACAGUUAGAUAAUCUAAUGCCUUACAAUGGGAAAGACCCUAACACCGAGAAGAGUCCAUGAGACAGGCUCUGAAGAGAGGUGUUAAGUUGCCCUUUAACCUUACAUGUUUUUACUUUAAAAUGCAUAAUAGGAAAAUCCCAAGAUAUGAAUGAAUGCCUUUAAUGAUUUGAACUGUUGGCACAGGAUAUUAUGGUAGAGGUUAUUCUAUUGCUAUGCUCUGUUCAUCUUGCUGCUGGAAUUUUAUAACUCAGUAGUGUGAUGCAGCUUACUCAAGCCUUCUGGAAUGUAUUUCAUAAGCUUUUUUCCCUACAGUGCCUAAUGAUCCACUUGUGCCAACGGCAGUGCUAGGUGAGGCCCUGGUGAUAUAUCAUCUGCCUUGCCAUGGCUUGUUGUGUUCCUCAUGCAUGUCGUUGUCACAGUCCUGUAGCCGUCCAUUGUAAACUGUAAACCUGUAGCCGUCCAUUGAUUGUCUCUGUGUUGCGUCUGGUUAGUCACGUACAACUCACACUAGUCCUGACAAUAUACAGUAUCACAGUCAGAAUGACUAGCCUCCACAUUCACUUAUCCAGUAAGGGGAAUAAAAUAGGAAUUGUUUCCAGAUUUUGGAUUUCCCCUGGCUGCCAGUGUAAAACAGACUUGGCCCUCAGCCAUGGUAGAGUGGAGACAUGGCAUUCCUCCAGUGAACAGAUGAACAAUCCUUCAGCGUUUAGGACCCACCUAUGAGCCGUUGGAGUGGAGCUAAAGGUCCAAACCACAUUCAGAGACUCACACUCACUCCUGUAUGCAUUACAACUGUCUACACGCUCCAAAUCCUGCUCAGGGCGUUGGUUUAGAGACGAGGAGGGGAAACUAAUUCAAACACAAGUGAAGAUAGAUAUAUGAUGGCUACAUUCACCUGAGUCCUUACCUGAAGAUCAACCUCCUGCAUGACAUGACACUUUUCUAGAAUGAAACCAGUCAUCCUGUCACUGUGUGUAAGUCGUACAGGCUUUGUGAGUGGGUGCCAUUUUAUAUCAGCCUCAGCCCCCCUUGAACAUCACCCUCAGCCCCCCUGGAACAUCACCCUCAGCCCCCCUGGAACAUCACCCUCAGCCCCCCUGGAACAUCACCCUCAGCCCCUCUGGAACAUCACCCUCAACCCCUCUGGAACAUCACCCUCAGCCCCCCUGGAACAUCACCCUCAGCCCCCCUGGAACAUCACCCUCAGCCCCCCUGGAACAUCACCCUCAGCCCCCCUGGAACAUCACCCUCAGCCCCUCUGUCUGUGUAGAGUCCAAAAACACAUCUGACAGUUUCUAUGUAAUGGAGUUCAGUGUUCACUCGUGACAUCAGGAUGGAGAGCGUUAGACACUCGACGCGAGCAGUGUAGUCCACACUGACAGAACAAGCAAGCAACCGCGGAGGGUCUUUAUGGCUCACUGACACCUAAGUUUGAUGGGGAAUUAAAAUGCCCCCUCAGGCCACAGUGUUUGCUGUGAAAAUGUGUUAUUUUAGCUCUGUGUUCUCGCUGGGCUUGGUAAUAGGAAGUGAAGGGUGCAGUUCAAGCCAUGACUCAAUCUAGCAUGUUAGGGUCGAAUUAAGUAGUACAAAUUUGCAAAUGAGUAGAAAUGUCAGCUUAGAUAGUCUCUACACUAGAGUGCAGCAGUUCUCUUGCCAGCUUAGUGUCACUCCUCUUAGAUCCCGCCCACUGCAUUAGUGUGUCUGUCAGUCUCGCCAUAGCUUUCUAGAAAGUCAUGUGCGGAUGUGUAAGAAAGUCAGUGUUGUGUACGUGUGGUAGAGUAGCUCCUUGGGUCAGUUGUCAGUCAUCUGUGAAUCCCUCGUCAUUGUUAGGUGAUCACCUCCAUCACCCUCAUGUUCCAGUAUUGUGCUUAAAGUCAUGUCACGUCAUCAUAUAUACACUACCGUUCAAAAGUUUGGGGUCACUUAGAAAUGUCCUUGUUUUCUAAAGAAAAGCAAUUUUUUUGUCUAUUAAAAUAACAUCAAAUUGAUCAGAAAUACAGUGUAGACAUUGUUAAUGUUGUAAAUGGCUAUUGUAGCUGGAAACGGCUGAUUUAUAAUGGAAUAUCUACAUAUGCGUACAGAGGCCCAUUAUCAGCAACCAUCAGUCCUGUGUUCCAAUGGCACGUUGUGUUUGCUAAUUCAAGUUUAUCAUUUUAAAAGGCUAAUUGAAAACCCUUUUGCAAUUAUGUUAGCACAGCUGAAAACUGUUGUGCUGAUUAAAUUAAUCAAUAAAACUGGCCUUCUUGAGACUAGUUGAGUAUCUGGAGCAUCAGCAAUUGUGGGUUCGAUUACAGGCUCAAAAUGGCCAGAAACAAAGAACUUUCUUCUGAAACUCGUCAGUCUAUUCUAGUUCUGAGAAAUGAAGGCUAUUCCAUGUGAGAAAUUGCCAAGAAACUGAAGAUCUCGUACAACGCUGUGUGCUACUCCCUUCACAGAACAGCACAAACUGGCUCUAACCAGAAUAGAAAGAGGAGUGGGAGGCCCCGGUGCACAACUGAGCAAGAGGACAAAUACAUUAGAGUGUCUAGUUUGAGGCGCCUGUCUCUCAAACUAGACACUCUAAUGUAUUUGUCCUCUUGUGCACCGGGGGCCUCCCACUCCUCUUGCUUUUCUUUAGAAAACAAGGACAUUUCUAAAUGACCCCAAACUUUGAACUGUAGUGUAUGUAUUAUAUAUCUACUACAACCCAUGUGUGCUUACUGUUGAUCUAAAAGCACAUUUCUUUCUUUUUUUCUUUUUCUUGCUGCCCUAAUUGUAAAGUGCCAAUUACAGGUAAGUGUGUGUGGAAAUUCUAAAGUGUCCCAAAGUGGUUAAUGAAAAUAAAUGAAUUACCAGAUUGCAAAUGCUGGAUCUCAUUGAUUGAUCCAUUAAAUGUGUGUGCAGUGUGUGUGCGUCAGUAACAGUAGCCGACUUCCCCUCCCCUGACAGUAAAGUGUGCAGGCUCCUUAAAACGUAACUUAACAUUCCCCUUAACCUGAUAUAGAGGCUGGCAGUAGCUCAGUGGCUAGCCAAGCAGAAAAUAUGUAGAGAUCACGGCUCAGUAGGUAAUGUGAUUGCCAGCAGGUCAGUCUAGGCUUUAGAGGGGUGUAAAUCCUGGCUGCAGAUAACCUAGGACUCAACAGCCAGCCAGCCCCCCCCCACCCCCCCCCCCCCCCCACCCCCCUGCAUACACACACACACACACACACACACACACAACCACACACUCGCGGUGCACUCACACACACAUCUCCACAGGCAAAAUGGCUAUGUUUCUGAGGGAUUGACAUGGCUCAGAUAUCACAUUAAAGGGCGCAUAUGGUGCCUGUCAGUCCUGUGAGCCCAGCGUCUCUCCCCUGAGAGGGUCCUGCUCUCACACUGUGGUAACUAAGAGGCCCCUGUAUUUGCCUUCCUGUCUACUGGGAAAGUCAGGCACCACUCCUCAGCUUUAUCAAGCCCUGUCUUGCCCACUCACCAAGCUGACGCAACAUGUCAGUUACUUCCAGUGCCAGGUACCUUGUCGCUUACAUCCUCCUCAAAGCUUAGCUGCUUCACUGGGGGGUUACUUUAAAUAAAAAGUGUGAAGGCAGGAGCCAUGUUAUUUUUAUUUCAAUUUUUGCAAGAAAAACAUAGUUUUGUAAAAGUAGUUUUGUAAGAGAAGCACACCCAGUCUGGUUAUUUUUACAUUUACAUUUACAUUUUUAGUCAUUUAGCAGACGCCCUUAUCCAGAGCAACUUACAGUUAGUGAGUGCAUACAUUAUUUUUUUAUUUUUUUAUACUGUCCCCCUGUGGGAAUCGAACCCACAACCCUGGCGUUGCAAACGCCAUGCUCUACCAACUGAGCUACAUCCCUGCCCGGCCAUUCCCUCCCCUACCCUGGACGACGCUUAGCCAAUUGUGCGCCAACCCAUGGGUCUCCCGGUCACGACCGGCUACGACAGAGCCUGGAUUCGAACCAGGAUCUCUAGUGGCACAGCUAGCACUGCAAUGCAGUGCCUUAGACCACUGCGCCACUCGGGAGUAUAAUAGGGUAUUCAUCAUGAUUUGCCGCCAUCCCAGAUUAGCCAAGUAAAACUCCGCUCCACGAUGUACUUCACAUCAACGGAGUUGAGUGGAGAUUAGAGUGGACGGACUGGAGCUCCGACAUCACAUAAAAAUAUGUUUUUAUAAAAAACUAUGGAUUUCAUCACCCAAAAAUAGCACGCAAUUACACGAGACAAUGUGCCAUUGAUGUGAAGUAUAUCGUGGAGUUGAGUUUAACUUGGCUAAGGCCAGAUAUGUGUUCUGUGAGUGAUGGUGAUGUUGAGUGAUGAUGAUCCUUCACAAGCCUGUGUAAUCCUCACCAACAUGUGAUUUCCUUGGACAGAUGAGAACCACACUGCGGCUGCUGCAGAGUCCAGUCGGCUGCUGGACGUGCCUCGGUACCACUGUGAGGGAACAGAGUCACCCUACCAGACAGGUCAGCUGCACCCAGCCAUCAGGGUGGCUGACCUGCUCCAACACAUUAACCUGAUGAAGACCUCCGACAGCUACGGCUUCAAGGAGGAAUAUGAGGUCAGACCCCAAGACUCUAGUCUACAGUACAUCCAUAACACAGGCCCUAAGACUCUAGUCUACAGUACCCUCAUAACAUAACACAGGCCCUAAGACUCUAGUCUACAGUACCCUCAUAACAUAACACAGGCCCUAAGACUCUAGUCUACAGUACCCUCAUAAUAUAACACAGGCCCUAAGACUCUAGUCUACAGUACCCUCAUAACAUAACACAGGCCCUAAGACUCUAGUCUACAGUACCCUCAUAACAUAACACAGGCCCUAAGACUCUAGUCUACAGUACCCUCAUAACAUAACACAAGCCCUAAGACUCUAGUCUACAGUACCCUCAUAACAUAACACAGGCCCUAAGACUCUAGUCUACAGUACAUCCAUAACACAGGCCCUAAUACUCUAGUCUACAGUACCCUCAUAACAUAACACAGGCCCUAAGACUCUAGUCUACAGUACCCUCAUAACAUAACACAGGCCCUAAGACUGUAGUCUACAGUACCCUCAUAACAUAACACGGGCCCUAAGACUGUAGUCUACAGUACCCUCAUAACAUAACACAGGCCCUAAGACUCUAGUCUACAGUAGCUUCAUAACAUAACACAGGCCCUAAGACUCUAGUCUACAGUACCCUCAUAACAUAACACAGGCCCUAAGACUCUAGUCUACAGUACCCUCAUAACAUAACACAGGCCCUAAGACUCUAGUCUAUAGUACCCUCAUAACAUAACACAGACCCUAAGACUAGUCUACAGUACCCUCAUAACAUAACACAGGCCCUAAGACUCUAGUCUACAGUACCCUCAUAACAUAACACAGGCCCUAAGACUCUAGUCUACAGUACCCUCAUAACAUAACACAGGCCCUAAGACUCUAGUCUACAGUACCCUCAUAACAUAACACAGGCCCUAAGACUCUAGUCUACACGUAUAACAUAGCAUAUUUACGAUGGCCCUAUAGUGACAGCUCCCACACAUAUUAGCUAAAUGUAUGAGGUCGUCAGCCCUCAAGACGGUCUUACUAACAGUCUCACUAUUCAAACAGUCAACACACCUUUAAGUUCAUACAAAUACAAUCUGCUUCAAAUCAAGUAUUUCACUCCAUUAUUGGGAGGUUCUUCAAAGAGACAAUAUCCCUACAGUGGAGAACAAGCAAAAUACCCCCUAAAUGUCACAUCCUGUUGAGGUUCUGUGUUGCUCACUGUGUUGACUGGAUGGGCAACCACAGACCUGCAGAGAAAGAGUUUCCUGUCAGCGAGGAGUUUGCCUGUGAGGCAGAGGUUUGCACUGCUGCAGGGGUUUAGAGACAUUCAGUUACUUGCUCUGCAGCCUUUGAAAGUUCAAUGAAAAAACUGUUACAGGCAAAGAUAAAGUUGUCUUCUAUGAGUACUGCUCAGCUCUGAUAGUCAUCUCCCCAUAGAUUAUUUCACAAUUAUGCUGUUGUUCAUUCGACUGAAUUUUGUAUGCAGCUCUAGGAAGUUUAAAUGUGUUGUCCAGUUCCUGUUGUAAUAUUGGAAUAAUGAUCACAGUGGUGAACACCAAACUUUGAGGGUUUAAGCAUCAAACCACAUGCUGCAAUGCCUCUUCAAUGUGCAGUUGAAUAAGUUAUUUUACUUUUUAAAUUGGCCACAUCAUAGCCAAGAAAUUUGGUUUUGUCACCUUGUAUCUCUAUUGUUCUCUGAGAUGCACUAGGCCAGACAUUGAAGAUUUGAAGUGAUGGUCCUUGACAGACAUAAAGUACAAUAUAAAUGUCCAUAGAAAACUGCCCUUUGAUUACAUUGCAGUGCCUUAACUGCGAAAUGUGUUUUCUUAUCAGCCUCACUCACUCGGUUUCAUUCUGUUUGGUAUGCAGAGUUUUUUUGAAGGCCAGUCCGCUUCCUGGGACGUGGCAAAGAAAGACACUAACAGAACCAAGAACCGCUAUGGAAACAUCAUUGCAUGUAAGUCUUGUAUUUAACUUCUACUAAAGUUGCUAGGUGUUGAUGCCUCCUUUUACCUAGCGUGUUUUUAGGAAUGAGCUCAUUAAAUAUGGCAAGCCGUAACAUCUGUUAUCAUGUACCUAGCUGUCUCUUAAUCCCAGGAAAUAUUGAAUAAUCAUUUUGAUUUGACUACCUGUUAAUGAAAUACAACUAGCCAGCCUACUAACCCAUGUUGUAUUACAGACGAUCAUUCUAGAGUGAUCCUGCAACCAAUGGAAGACGACCCUUCCUCUGACUACAUCAACGCCAACUACAUUGACGUAAGUGGCGCAGCCUCCUCCAUUGGCGAACGUGUGCGACACAACCGUCCUUCUCUCGUAUGUGAGGCCUUCUAUGCAUGCCUUUGUCAACAAUAUGAAAACAGCUUUUAUUUUCCUCCUUCAGUCAAAGUGCUUGUACUCACUGACAUUGUUGUGCUUUCUUUCACUUUUGCCUAUGAUUUGGUCUGUAGAUAUGGCUGUACAGGGAUGUAAGUAUCACUGUAGGGGACCUCACCACACCUCAUGUUUCCCACUCUCUUCCUCCCUUGUUCACCUCUGGUUACCUCUAAUAACAUCUGCAUGGCAACGUAUGAGAUGUUAGCCCUCCUUUCGUCUCCCCCCUUUUUGAUUUGGUCCUACCAUGCUGUUGUUCAUCCGCUUCUCUCAUUUCACAUGUCCUCAUGCCCGAUGUGUACAUCCCUGAUCCGUGUGCUACUGUUCUCGAUAUGAAUAUUUACAAGAUGGUGGCCGCUAUUUGUUUUCCUUUGUUUCCGCCCCUACUGUGCCUGUACCCAGCCAGAUCCAAUCUGAUAGGGAUAACUUGGGGAGUUAAACCUGCUGACUCUAUCAAGCAACUUGCUAAUAAGCAGCCAAUUACAAGAAUGUAGUAUUCCUACGAAGUAAUCGAUAAUGUGAAAUUCUUGACAAUAAAACACACCAGAGUUGAGCUUUACAGAGAAUAAACGUCCGUGUCAUUGACAGAUACUCAAAGCACAAGUAGGAAAUGUGCUCUUAUUGAAAGUUUAUUUCAGUAAAUUAAUGAAUGCACAAGAACAGCUUUGUGCAUAUUAGUGUAUAAGGCCAUUGACUCUCAUGAAGAUAUAUCGCAUGCGGUCCAAGCUGGGGUUGAGGCACGGUAUAUUGUGUAGUAGUCUGCUGUGGAUGCAACACUAUAUAUAAGUCUUACCCAAUGAUCUUACCAUAUUGUGUUUGUUGCACUUAGGGGUAUCAGAGGCCAAGUCAUUACAUUGCAACCCAAGGUAAGACAAAGUACCGCGUUAACCUCUAAAGAAGAAUUGAUGCUCAUAUUGUAUUUUCAGCACUGAGCAAUUCAUGGUCUUAUAAAGAGUUAUCAGAUUGUAUUGUAUUUAGUUCAGAGAUUGAUUGAUAGAUUGAUAUGUGUUGUCCUCUCCAGGGCCUGUCCAUGAGACAGUCUAUGAUUUCUGGAGGAUGGUCUGGCAAGAGCAGUCUGCCUGUAUCGUCAUGGUCACUAACCUAGUGGAAGUUGGACGGGUAGGUUAUAAUAUCAUAUUGCUGUCAGACCCCAAACCACAGGAGGCCAAUGUAGGCCUUGAUCAGUCUUUAGAUAUUGAUCUGGCAUACUGUAUAUCUGGGCAUCUAUUGUGUGCAUGUAUGUGUAGUAUUUAAGGACGUCUUUUGUUUUAAAUGAAUUAAAUGCUUAUGUUCUUGUAGGUGAAGUGUUACAAGUACUGGCCCGAUGAUGCUGAGGUCUAUGGUGAUUUCAAAGUGACAUUUGUGGAGGUGGAGCCCCUUGCUGAAUAUGUGGUCAGAACGUUCACCUUGGAGAGGGUGAGUCAGUCCUUUGUACACCCCUCACGUCCAUAUUCAACAGUUUAGUCUAUAACAGUUAAAGGGGCAAUCUGGGAUUUACCACUUUGCUAUUGUUUGCCCCUUAAAAUCAACACAUAUUGCAAAUGUGGAAAUCAGACUGAACCCAGACCAGUUGUUACCUAAUAACCUGUAUGUUCUCUGUCAUCAGAGAGGCUUUAACGAGCUGCGGGAGGUGAAGCAGUUUCAUUUCACUGGCUGGCCUGACCACGGAGUGCCCUACCACGCCACGGGCCUCCUCUCCUUCAUCCGCCGGGUCAAGAUGUCCAACCCCCCCAGCGCUGGGCCCAUCGUGGUGCACUGCAGGUAAACCCCUAACGCGACACUUCCUCUACGCCAGACCACCUGAGAAAACAGGUGCAUCCGAUUCACUUUUUCUUUAUCGCUCACAUAAUACUGUCACAUAGCUAUGAAAUGAGUGUACCUGAGCUAGCUAGCAUGCUUCAAUAUCAGCCACAGCUAAGCUAGCUAAGAUAUCGCCGUGCCCCUUGGCAGGAUGUGGUUGUUGUGAAUAUUGAUCCACAUACUUGUCAAUGUAAUCUUGUGCACAAGGUAUCAUAAUUUUGUUGUGUGUACUGCACAACGGCUGGAUAUGUAGACUGUUGAAGCGCUAUGUUAUGCAGCCCCAUGCUCACCUUCCUGUCCUCUCACCUUGGUCAGCGCCGGAGCCGGACGCACAGGCUGUUACAUCGUCAUCGACAUCAUGCUGGACAUGGCGGAGCGGGAGGGCGUGGUGGACAUCUACAACUGCGUGAAGGCUCUGCGCUCCAGACGCAUCAACAUGGUACAGACUGAGGUGACUACUAGACCCACCCCACCGCCACACACCUCACCAAUUAACAUUAACACCAUUCGCCAUUACUGUCUGUCUGUGCAUUUCAUGCUACUAUAUGUAUGGACUGUAUGGAGACGCAGUGCAUUCCUUUGCUGACUGUGUGUCUGUGGUCCGGCCACAGGAGCAGUACAUCUUCAUCCAUGACGCCAUCCUAGAGGCCUGUCUGUGUGGCGAGACGGCCAUCCCCGCCUGCGAGUACAAAGCAGCUCACUACGACAUGAUCAGGAUAGACUCACAGAGUAACUCCUCACACCUCAAAGAUGAAUUCCAGGUACUGGAGCCCUUUCAUAUUUAUUGUGGCACAAAGUUCUGUUUCAAUCCUCAGUCUUUCAUAGCCUGAUGUUAAUCAUGUCUCGUAUAACACUAAAAGACAACAAUAAAAUCAUGGAAAUAGAUCAUGGGUGCAUCUCAAAUGGUACUCUAUUCCCUAGAGUGCACUACUUAGAAUAGGGUGCCAUUUGGGAUGCAUCCCAUGUCUUCUAACAAACAAUGUUCCCUGUCAUUUUGGGGGUUUAAUGUUAUUUGUGUUUUCAGACCCUGAACUCGGUGACCCCUCAGCCGCAGCCAGAGGACUGCAGUAUCGCCCUGCUGCCCAGGAACCACGAGAAGAACCGCUUCAUGGACAUGCUGCCUCCAGACCGCUGUCUGCCCUUUCUCAUCACCAUCGACGGGGAGAGCAGUAACUACAUCAACGCUGCCCUCAUGGAUGUAAGUGUCUUCUCCCCUCAUGCACGCGUAAACACACACACAGUAUACACAUGCACGUACGCACGCAAACACAUAUGCAAGCACGCACAAAUACACAGACACACACACAUACACACUCCCUCGGCUUUACUAAGUGCACUGGAUGUUAUCUGAAUGUGUAGUAGAGACAGAAAGCUAGAGACAAAUCCAGGUGUAUACUACUGUUUUGUGUACUCUUUUGGAAAAUGUAGAAGGACUGAUAUUCAAUGUAUUUUUAACGUGUGCUCAAGAGUUUCUGUUCUUUUUUGGCAAUCCUUCAAUUAUUUUCUCGUAGUGCAAGUAGUGAUAUCGAUGAAAAUACAAAAUUAAAAUGUGCAAAAAUUAAUUUACUUUAUUAAGAAAGUUUUGGUCAUCUAACUUUUCAACAAUAUAACUUGUUGAAAUUAUUCUUCAACAUGGCUAUUCAUGUGAUCCUAAAUUACACUUGAGCUUUUAAACAUUUGGGUUUUCAAAUAAAACAAAAGUCGGCCAAAAGGUUUGACCCGUUUGAUAAAAGGGCGUGGUAAGUGAAACAAGUGUUAUUUUAUUAUUAGUUCUACCAAUAAUCCAGCAGGUAACUUUACUACAGUAUCCACGUAUUACAACAGUAUGCAUCACUAUUUGACCUCUUGGAUCAGGAUUCUCUUAGUUUGAUAUCAGGAUCUGUGCCAGAAAGUGAAUCCAUCUCCUGGGAGUCAUCUCGUCAUAGCUGUGUAAUUGAUAAAAGGUUCAGAAGCCACCCUGUAGCCUUUUUUUGCAAUACAUUGCAUAUAGCAAAGAGAAUGUGCUUGGUAUUUCUUCUGUAUUGUACAGUGUAUUUUAUACAAAGAGGUUGAAUUCAAAUCCUCUUCUCAGUCCUUGCUAGGAUUCCAAUGGAUCCUGAAACAAGACUCUCAAAAGAGACUCUUGCGAAAUAAAUGUACAGUACCAGUCAAAAGUUUGGACACACCUACUCAUUCAAGGGUUUUUCUUUCUUUUUACUAUUUUCUACAUAGUAGAAUAAUAGUGAAGACAUCAAAACUAUGAAACAACACAUAUGGAAUCAUGUAGUAACCAAAAAAGUUAUAUUUUAUAUUUGAGAUUCUUCAAAAGUAGCCACCCUUUGCCUUGAUGACAGCUUUGCACAUUCUUGGCAUUCUCUCAACCAGCUUCAUGAGUUAGUCACCUGGAAUGCAUUUCAAUUAACAGGUGUGCCUUGUUAAAAGUUAAUUUGUGGAAUUUCUUUCCUUUUUAAUGCGUUUGAGCCAAUCAGUUGUGUUGUGACAAGGUAGGGGUGGUAUACAGAAGAUAGCCCUAUUUUGUAAAAGACCAAGUCCAUAUUAUGGCAAGAACAGCUCAAAUAAGCAAAGAGAAACGACAGUCCAUCAUUACUUAAAGACAUGAAGAUCAGUCAAUCUGGAAAAUUUGAACGUUUCUUCAAGUGCAGUCGCAAAAACCAUCAAAUGCUAUGAUGAAACUGGCUCUCAUGAGGACUGCCACAGGAAAGGAAGACCCAGAGUUACCUCUGCUGCAGAGGAUACAUUCAUUAGAGUUACCAGCCUCAGAAAUUGCAGCCCAAAUAAAUGCUUCACAGAGUUCAAGUAACAGACACAUCUCAACAUCAACUGUUCAGAGGAGACUGCAUGAAUCAGGCCUUCAUGGUCGAAUUGCUGCAAAGAAACCACUACUAAAGGGCACCAAUAAGAAGAAGAGACUUGCUUGGGCCAAGAAACACGAGCAAUGGACAUCUGUCCUUUGGUCUGAUAAGUCCAAAUUUGAGAUCUUUGGUUCCAACCGCUGUGUCUUUGUGAGACGCAGAGUAGGUGAAUGGAUAAUCUCCGCAUGUGUGGUUCCCACCGUGAAGCAUGGAGGAGGAGGUGUGAUGGUGUGGGGGUGCUUUGCUGGUGACACUGUCAGUGAUUUAUUUAGAAUUCAAGGCACACUUAACCAGCAUUGCUACCACAGCAUUCUGCAGCGAUACGCCAUCCCAUCUGGUUUGGGCUUAGUGGGACUAUCAUUUGUUUUUCAACAGGACAAUGACCCAACACACCUCCAGGCUGUGUAAGGACUAUUUGACCAAGAAAUAGAGGGAUGGAGUGCUGCAUCAGAUAGCCUCCAUAAUCACCCGACCUCAACCCAAUUGAGAUGGUUUCGGAUUAGUUGGACCGCAGAGUGAAGGAAAAGCAGCCAACAAUUUGUGGGAACUCCUUCAAGACUGUUGGAAAACCAUUCCAGGUGAAGCUGGUUGAGAGAAUGCCAAGAGUGUGCAAAGCUGUCAUCAAGGCAAAGGGUGGCUACUUUGAAGAAUUUAAAAUCAAAAAUAUAUAUUUGAUUUGUUUUACACUUUUUUGGUUACUACAUGAUUCCAUAAGUGUUAUUUCAUAGUUUUGAUGUCUUCACUAGAAUGUAGAAAAUAGUAAAAAUAAAGAAAAACCCUUGAAUGAGUAGGUGUGUCCAAACGUUUGACUGGUACUGUAUGUCUCAAUGCGACAAACCGGGAUGAAUAAAAAAUAACCUAUGACAGAGUAUUGACGUAGACCCUGGGAGAUGGUAUUUCAUGUGCACAGAGAAGCAGAACUUUGCCAGAUUAUGAGAUUUUUUAUUUGGAGGGUAAUGUUAAAUCACUUCCUCGUACGCUUCACAAACUUUUGGACUUUUUCUAACCAAGCCGUCAGAAGAAUACCAGGUAAUUUCUGAACUUUUCACUUCUGAAUAAUUAAAUGCUUCUAACUAUACUGGAUUUGUUUCAUGGCUAAAGGUGUAUGUCAGCAGAACUUCAUUUAAUUUAUAUAAUAUUGCUAGAAGCAUGCUUACCACAUGGAUUGACCUGGUUUAAAAAAUCACUUGUCAUUCAAACGUGAAAUGUCUCCACAUUCCUUGCAUGGUCAUAUAUGCACACAUUGUUCAUUGUGAGAGAUGUAUCAUAUCUUCAGUAUGUGUUCUCUGUAAAUGUCUGCAGACUCAGUGCUAUGAGAUGUUAUAUGGUUCCUUGUUGACUUCCUCCAAUUCAGAGCUACAGACAGCCAGCAGCCUUCAUUGUGACCCAGCACCCUCUGCCCAACACGGUCAAAGACUUCUGGAGGCUGGUGUACGACUACGGCUGCACGUCCCUGGUCAUGCUCAACGAGAUUGACCUAGCGCAGGUAAUACCUGACCACCUCACCCUCCUGCAUUCACUGCUGUGGACCCUGAUUCCAAAUCUCAUUAUUGUGCAUUGAGUGAAGGUCAUUGUAAAUUUUUUAUUUUUUUUGUUCUCAAUCAGGGCUGUCCUCAGUAUUGGCCUGAAGAGGGGAUGCUCCGCUACGGUCCUGUCCAAGUUGAAUGUAUGUCCUGCUCCAUGGAUUGUGACGUCAUCAGCCGUCUCUUCAGAAUAUGUAACCUCACCAGAGUAAGUGCUCCACUAUCUUUUUUUUUUUUUGUCGCUGCCAUCGAGGUUGUAGAACGAGGAUGGUUUGAUUGUAAUAAUGUUAUGACGUUCAGUGUUAGAGCCAAAAUGGCUGCCGUUGAUAAUGUAUGUUUCUGUGUUCCGCACAGCCUCAGGAGGGCUACCUGAUGGUGAGGCAGUUCCAGUACCUGGGCUGGGCCGCCCACAGAGAAGUGCCAGCGUCCAAGCGCUCCUUCCUUAAGCUCAUACUGCAGGUGGACAAGUGGCAGGAGGAGUGUGAGGAGGGCGAGGGACGCACCAUCAUCCACUGCCUGUGAGUGUACACACACACACACACACACACACACACACAAACACACACACACCCUCCACCACCACUCUCUAACCACACACAAACACCUCCUACAUGCAUACAAAUACAAAUCCUAUCACCUCUCUCCUAUCUGCACCCACCUCUUGUAUUUAACACGUUUGGCAGUUCAGUAGAAUAGCAUUAGUCACCCAACCAACCUCCCAUUUCCACCGUUGUGUUCCUGUGCUGUAGGAACGGAGGCGGCCGCAGUGGGAUGUUCUGUGCUAUCAGCAUCGUGUGUGAGAUGAUCAAGAGGCAGAAUGUGGUGGAUGUGUUCCACGCCGUCAAGAGCCUGAGGAACAGCAAGCCCAACAUGGUGGACAGCCCGGUAAGACAGGCCGGCAGCUGACUCCAGUUCAGUCAAACAGAGUUUCCCCAACAAAUGCAUCUCUGACUCAUAUAGUGCUAUUAUAUUAGCAUAGGCCUACGCCACCUCUAAUUUCUGGUGAUAUUCACUUAUGAUAUUUUCUUGAGAAAUUUGGAGAGAAGCCAGUCAAUAAUAUGAAGGUAUUAGAGAACAGAUAGGAACACUUCAUAUUAGAUUUGUUUUGUAGAUUGUUUGUGAAGAAAUUAUAACCAAGUGAUAUUGACAAAAAUAUACAACAAUGAUAAUGUUAUGGAUCACUGACAAAUGAACAAGAGUCUGUCGAGAUUAUGACAUAAACGGUUGUGGUAAACAUGAGAGACAACUUGCCACAUCCGUUACAGAAAAAUGCAAAGGAUGUCUAUGCAUCUGUCAGCAGCCCUUUGUCAAAGUUACCUGUUACCUCCUAAUUUCACUGCCAGAGAAUAGUUAGAAAUAACAUAUUUUUAUGUUAAGAAUUGAAUAUGCCAUUCAGUAGUGAUUAAUCUUGUCAUCACCAUGUUAUUAGUGUAUUGUUCAUCAUAUACAGUUGUACUGUUAUCACCAUGUUAUUAGUGUAUUGUUCAUCAUAUACAGUUGUACUGUUAUCACCAUAUUAUUAGUGUAUUGUUCAUCAUAUACAGUUGUACUGUUAUCACCAUAUUAUUAGUGUAUUGUUCAUCAUAUAGGAUUGUACUGUUAUCACCAUAUUAUUAGUGUAUUGUUCAUCAUAUAGGAUUGUACUGUUAUCACCAUAUUAUUAGUGUAUUGUUCAUCAUAUACAGUUGUACUGUUAUCACCAUAUUAUUAGUGUAUUGUUCAUCAUAUAGGAUUGUACUGUUAUCACCAUAUUAUUAGUGUAUUGUUCAUCAUAUAGGAUUGUACUGUAGCAUUGUGUUUAUCAUGUUUAGCACCACAACGGUUCACACAUUAUUUGUUUUCAUCUGAACAGGAGCAGUACCGCUUUUGCUACGACCUUGCUCUGGAGUUUAUCGAGACAUCUUAA